GUAUGUUCGACUGUUCAUACUCUGCACACGCAUUCUGGUUAGUCGUCCACCCCUUCGAGUUAGGCUAAACCUACAACACGAUUCUGUGCAACACAGUGGUAGAAAUCAAUAGAAGGAUGUCUCACACGCACGAUUGACGCAAGACCGGCGACAGACUGGCGCCGCUUGCUGUGAUGCUGUCACAGCUUCACAUUCCUUUUCGUUCCAAACGACCACGUCGUUUUCUUCGCGGCUACAACAAUGCCAACCAAGCUUGGAAUCGUUUUCACCAACAGCACGGAUGGAAUUUUCUACCCUGGUCAGGAAGUUAUUGGUGAUGUUGUUGUGACCUUGGGAAAGAGCACCAACGUAUCAAAAUUAAAGAUUACAAUACUCGGAGUUGGUAAAACAAAGUGGUACGAACGGCAAGGGCGUGCUUCGAUUGCUUACAAAGGAAAGGAACGGUACCUAUACUCUGAACUAGUUCUCUUUCAACCAAAUGAAAAACAAGCGGUCGUCCAACCCGGUACGUACAACCAUGGAUUUGCCUGCAAGUUACCGGAAACGCUACCAGCAUCAUUCGAAGGAAAACGUGGUCAUAUUCGCUACUGGCUAAAAGCGACCCUCGAGCGGCCCUGGAGACAAACAAAAAUGCAUUCAUUAAAUUUUCAAGUAGUCCGUCAGUUAGAUCUAAACAAUGAAAUCCUUUUGCCCGUUAGAUCCGAACUGACAAAAUCUCUUGGUUACUGGCCCUGUGUGCCUAGUGGUGUUCUGUACGCAUCGGUAGAGUUACCGACUUCAGGUUUUGUGCCAGGCCAGUUCAUACCGGCGGUCAUACAAGUUAAUAACAAAGGCGGUAAUAAAAUAUCACGAAUUGUAACCAUGUUGGUUCAGAAAAUAACCUACAAUGCACGACGUCCGAAGAUGCAACAGAAAGUGAAACGGAUGGUAGUAUGUAAAAACGUGACACCGGAAAUCACUUUACCGGAAGGGGGCGUCCUAGCAGCAGAAAAUCUACAGGUACCCUGGGUACUUCCAACCAGCAGUUACUCCCGGGUAGUCGAAAUCGGAUACGAAUUGGUGGUUGAGUUCGAGAUCGAUACCUGCUUCUUCAAUGCCAAUCAGAGUGUUCGCGUUCCGGUGGUGAUCGGUGUGAUACCGGCCCGGGACUCGGAUAUCGUUGAAAGCAACGCCCUUCGGGUUUGGACACGGAAAGCUUGAAUAUCAAUUGUUGUUGUGCUGUUGUUCCGGAUGUCUAUGGAAAUCAGUGUACUGACUUUUCUCUGCUUUACCUUUUCUAGCAUAUUUAUUGUUGUUCACGAAAGAUUUAAGAAAAUUUAUUUAAUAAAUACUGGGAUUGUGCAUUAAAUCUGUUCUGGAAAACGGUCAAAAUUAUUAAAUUUUACAUGCAUCUUGUGUGAUUGCUUAAGGUUGGAGCAAAAUAUUAGUGUUUGUCGUUUAUUGAACAUCUUCAUCAUUUCGGUAGUGCAUAAUUCUUCUUCUGUUUGGUGUCACCUCAUUUGAGAUGAUGUCGAUUGAUAGCACAGCAACUUAGGCUAUAUUGUCAGUUAAACGUAUAAAAAUUCUUUCUUUCGCGCAAAAUACUCGAAUUUUCACCGCACUAACACAAUACAACGUGCUCACCCGCUGAGAGAUUCACCGGAAGUGGUAGUGCAGAAUAAACGGCUUCAAACAAUAUGAUUUGCGAUUUAAACACUUUCCAACCCUUAGUCACUCAUCUAGUGAUGCGUCAUUAUAACUGGACA